UUUCACGAAAUGUUUAUUAUUACAUACCAAUUUCAAGUAAUAACACUUUGUUUAAAUGCUUCCAGCUGGGCUGGUGCGUGAGUAUGGAUGGAAUCUCUUGGAGAAGAGGAGCUGCAUAUGUAACGACGACGUGAUGAAGGUGGCCUUAUACUUCAUCUGUUCCUUGUUACGUCGACACGUGAGGCAAGUGUGUACAGUUGUCGAGAAUGUCGAGGUGUGUGGGGGUCGUACUAGUCUGUCGUCGCCGUCGACACUCGUUCGUUGGUGCGGACAUGUCAUGCAUGAAGAUCAUCCACGACUUGCUUCGUGUGCGAGACGGCAUGCAAUGCGCUCAAGUCAAAUGCCGCUACACUGUAACCAGCAUUGUAAGCUGUUGUCCAAGCCUAUGGUGUACUUACUGUACGUGAGACCGUCCUUGGUGGGGCACUGAAGUACAACAAGCACUCCAUAGGCUAUCGAUGCCAGUUGUUUUAAGAAUGAAUGCCGGCACAGCACAUGCAUGCAUCGUAAGGCUUCGUUGCCAACUGUCCCCAUCAUCACCGUUCACAGCAGCUACCGAAUGGAAGUGACAGUCGUGUCUUCGAUGUCAUCCCCGGGCUAAUGGUGGUCCAUGCUGUCACUUGGUUCGUGGUCGCGGUGUGGCCGCUGUGAAGUUGCGUCAAAAAUCUCGUGGUGGCCAUCU